GUUGGCUCCCCAACGCCCUAAAGAAAAAGGCCUCUACGAAUGGCGCUGGGCGGUCGAAAGGGACGCUGGCGUUGGUUGGGAGGACCGGACCGGAGGAGUGUGACGCAGCAGUCAAGCUCAGCAGGCGCGCCAUCGCUGGCGGAGUUUACAUGCGACCGCCGGACCGCGCGCGGGGGGAGUAGAAACAGAGAGUGACCGCAUGCCAUGCCGCGAAUCAUUCUCCUCUGCCUCUUUCUCCUCGCCCACGCGGCGGCGUCGGCGUCGGCGGAAGGGGAGGCUCGGUUCGGAGGUGGAAUGCUGCUUCCGCUGCGGGUGCAGGCGGUGCCGCCGCCGGCGAACAAGCUCCGGUUCCGCCACGACGUGAGCCUGACCGUGUCGGUUGCCGUGGGUACGCCGCCGCAGAACGUCACGAUGGUGCUCGACACCGGCAGCGAGCUCUCCUGGCUGCUCUGCAACGGGACCGGCGCGCCGCGGCCCGCGGCGGCGUUCGACGCGCUGGCUUCGUCGACGUACGCCGCGGUCCGCUGCCGGUCGCCGGAGUGCCAGUGGCGCGGCCGCGACCUCCCCGUCCCGCCGUUCUGCGCCGCGCCGCCGUCCGACUCCUGCCGCGUCUCGCUCGCCUACGCGGACGCCUCGUCCGCCGACGGCGUCCUGGCCGCCGACACGUUCCUCCUCGGCGGCGCGCCGCCCGCGCCCGCGCUCUUCGGCUGCGUCACCUCCUACUACUCCGCCACGGGCGGCGGCGGCGGCGGCAACGGCACCGACUCCUCGGAGGCCGCGACGGGCCUCCUCGGCAUGAACCGGGGCAGCCUGUCCUUCGUGACGCAGACGGCCACCCACCGCUUCGCCUACUGCAUCGCCCCGGGCGACGGGCCCGGCCUCCUGGUCCUCGGCGGCGACGGCCUCGCCCUGGCGCCGCAGCUGAACUACACGCCGCUCAUCGAGAUCCCGCAGCCGCUGCCGUACUUCGACCGCGUGGCCUACUCCGUGCAGCUGGAGGGCAUCCGCGUGGGCGCCGCGCUGCUGCCCAUCCCCAAGUCCGUGCUCGCGCCGGACCACACGGGCGCGGGCCAGACCAUGGUGGACUCCGGCACGCAGUUCACGUUCCUCCUCGCCGACGCCUACGCGGCGCUCAAGGCCGAGUUCGCAAGCCGGACGCGCGCGCUCCUGGCCCCGCUCGGGGAGCCGGGCUUCGUGUUCCAGGGCGCGUUCGACGCGUGCUUCCGCGCGCCGGAGGCCCGGGUGGCCGCGGCGUGCCCGCGGCUCCCGGAGGUGGGCCUCGUCCUACGCGGCGCGGAGGUGGCGGUCGCCGGGGAAAGGCUCCUGUACAGGGUGCCCGGGGAGCGGCGCGGGGAGGGCGGCGCCGAGGCGGUGUGGUGCCUGACGUUCGGGAGCUCGGACAUGGCGGGGAUGUCGGCGUACGUGAUCGGGCACCACCACCAGCAGAACGUGUGGGUGGAGUACGAUCUCCAGAACGGCCGCGUCGGGUUCGCGCCAGCGCGCUGCGACCUCGCCACCGAGCGCCUCGGCAGUGGAGCAUAACGCUUUCGGCAGCGCGUGCGCCGUGGCAUCUAUAGUCGUUGUGGGUCUCUGUCGCCAUGGAUGGCACACAAGCAGCUGCAGGGCGCGAAAUCGUUGGUAGAGAUGGUCUCUCCGAUCACCUGCUGCUGCUGUGGUCAACUCUGUAUUGCGCGAACAAAUAUACGAGCCAAUGACAAACUGGUAUACUGCUAGUUUAGUUGUU